AUGAGUUUGGACGACAUAAUUAAACAGAGCGAGGAAUUUAAGAACAACGCCAGUGGUGGUGGAGGACCCAUGAGAAGCAAGAGAGGUAGAUUUAGUUCAGCAGCGAGAACUCCCUAUUCUCAACAUCCUGACGAUAGCAACAGCCGUUGGCAGCAUGAUCUGUAUAAUGGCCGGACUCUCUACAACAGCAGGGGAGCAGGAGGUCUAAGCAUGACAGGAGGUGGUGCAAACACUAGUCGUCUCAAACCUGGACUAUGGAGUAUCAAAUUCAGACAUGCAGAAUCUGGUCCUCUACACAGUGCAACGGUUAAUUAUGACAAGUCUGGUCGCUCCAUGGGUUCAGCGUACGUCGUAUUUCACCGAAAAGCAGAUGCAGUCAAAGCUAUGAAACAGUACAACAGCGUUCCUUUAGAUGACACGCCCAAGUUCUAA